CGCUGCCGAGAAGGACGCGGGUCCACCAGGGUUCUGCCGCGGGGCAGGUGGGCAAGAUGCGCGUUGGGGGGCGCUGGGUAUUGGAGGUGCAACCAGAGAUCGUGGCUCCGCUCGGCAGGAUGUGAGGACGGCCGAAUCCUCGAGGCCGUCAGGUACUGGGAUGGCGGUGGAGGUCCGCCUCCAGGGAAAAAGAAUAAUUAUAGCGCAUGCCGAUAUGAAAGGGAGAUCAGACCACUGAGGGGUGUGACAGGACAGGCACCUUUUGUGAGCACUGAGAAUCCUUCGCUAGAGUCUUAAUUAGUUCGAGGCAUCUUGGCCUUGUUUUUCUCUGGCCCCUUCCAGGUAGCCCGAACAGGAGCUCCCAGCAUGUGCCCUCGAGGGUCACGUGUCCUGACUGAGGCGGAGUAACAAACAUCCCCUCAUAAAUCAAGAUUUCUGUGGUUAUGAGCUAAUAUGAUUGGUUAGCCUUAUUGGCACUAAAAUCUAAUGCCCCCACCAAUAACUUGCAAGGAUUGAACACUCACAAAAGGGAAUGUUACGGUGGACAGUUCAUUUAGAAGGUGGGCCUCGAAGAGUAAACCACGCUGCUGUGGCUGUUGGACAUAAAGUCUACUCUUUUGGUGGUUACUGUUCUGGUGAAGAUUAUGAAACUCUACGACAGAUUGAUGUUCAUGUAUUUAAUGCAGUCUCUCUGCGUUGGACCAAACUACCACCAGUGUGGACGAACAGCAGGGACCAUGUGAGAGAAGUUCCUUAUAUGAGAUAUGGGCAUUCUGCGGUGCUGAUUGAUGACACUAUCUACAUCUGGGGAGGCCGUAAUGAUACUGAGGGAGCCUGCAAUGUAUUAUAUGCCUUUGACGUCAGCACACACAAGUGGUUCACUCCAAAAGUUUCUGGAAUGGUUCCAGGAGCAAGGGAUGGACAUUCAGCAUGUGUUUUGGGAAAGAGCAUGUAUAUUUUUGGAGGAUAUGAGCAACUGGCUGAUUGUUUUUCAAAUGACAUCCACAAACUUGACAGUAGCAACAUGAUAUGGAGUUUGAUCUGCACUAAGGGCACACCAGCUCGAUGGAGAGAUUUCCAUUCAGCCACAAUAAUUGGGACAAAGAUGUAUGUGUUUGGGGGAAGAGCAGAUCGCUUUGGGCCAUUCCAUUCCAACAAUGAGAUUUAUUGUAACCGAAUCAAAGUAUUUGACACAGACACAAACUCUUGGCUGGAUUCUCCUCCCACUCCUCUUCUCCCUGAAGGCAGACGAAGUCAUUCAGCAUUUGGCUACAAUGGAGAAUUAUACAUAUUUGGUGGCUAUAAUGCACGCCUGAACAGACAUUUCCAUGAUCUUUGGAAAUUUGAUCCAGUCUCUUUUACCUGGAAGAAAAUUGAACCCAAAGGGAAAGGGCCAUGUCCUCGCCGUAGACAGUGCUGCUGUAGGGUAGGGGACAAGAUCAUCCUCUUUGGGGGCACCAGCCCAUCUCCAGAAGAAGGCAUGGGAGAUGAAUUUGACCUAAUGGAUCACUCAGACUUGUACAUCUUAGACUUCAGUCCCAGCUUAAAAACGCUGUGUAAACUGGCAGUGAUCCAGUACAAUCUGGACCAGUCUUGUCUCCCUCAUGAUAUAAGGUGGGAGCUUUCAGCAAUGACAACUAAUAGCAACAUCAGCCGCCCAAUUCUCUCUUCCCAUGGAUAAUUUGGUGUCGUGCUCCUAGCUGCCUUCAACUCCUUGCCUUGCAAAUGUCACCUUCUGUCUUCCUCCCUGUGCAUGAACGUUCAGCUUAUUCAAAAAAAGGAGCACUAUUUCAAUACAAAGAUCUCUUUACUGACCAAUAAUGGGAAGGUUCUUUUUGCCUAUCCCACCGACACACUAGUUGCAGCUAUAACUUUGCCAAAACCUUGAUUUAAAGGUAGCAUGCACGCAGAAUCAGAUAAUGCAUACUACAAAAAAGGACGCCAGAUGUGUUUUUGCUCUCAUAGUUGAAGGUUACAUCUGACAGCCAUCUACUGGUAUAAUAUCUUUUCAUGUAAUAGAGUCAAAGAAAUAUAAAUCUCAGGACUGUUACAAGACCAGCAUAUGUUUCAUAUGCGCUACAGAAUCAAAGGUGAACAAAGCAAGGACUCAUCAGAAUUCAGCUUCUCUAUGUCUCAGCAAUUUUGAGUGCCUAGCUCUCAGUAUUAAUGUAAGGACUGAACUAAACUGAACUGAACUAUCUUAAGCCAUUUUCUUUGCUUCUCUGAGCACAGAAAAAAAAUUGCCUAGUCUUACACAUUUUGGGGGUUGACCAACUUGUUUUCUGCAAUAGGCACCCGGACGAUCUCCAUAAAAUACUUAAGCACUUGCCACCUUUACAGUGGUACAGAUCAGAGUCUUCAGUGGAAGAAGAUAGGAUGAGUACUAUCUGGCCAAGAAAGGAGUGGCAUCCAACAUUCUGUAAGACUGAAUCAAUUUUUUUUCCUGCGUGUUAUGGGAGUAUUCAUCACAAGAUCUGAAAUGCUAUCACCCAGUUUAAUAUGUACAAGCAAAAGCUCUGAAUUUAUAAAUACUAGGGUGGGGUUAGACAAACUAUAUGGCUAGAGGACAAGUGAUGGACUAAUGCAGAGGGUAUGAGGAUUUAGGGUCUGUAAUCCACAAAUUAAGACUCUUAAUUGAAAACAAAUGCAUACAUUAGUGGCUAAAGGAGGUGAGCUGGAGUGUUAUCAGUUCAAAUCUUGGUGGGGCCAUGGACUUGCUAAACACUGCCGGGCAAGCCACACUUGGUUUCAGCCUCACAUCAGAAAUAUAGGAGUAACACUUUCUUGCCAUAUGGGAAUAUUGUAACAAUUACAAUAUACAAUAAGUGAAAUGUUUUGAAUAUUCAAAAGUGCUAUAUAAAUGCUGCAUAUUUAUUAAAA